AUGGUGGUGCUCGAGGGCGGCGGAGCCCUCCUGGAGCCGGCUCUGGCCCUGGACGGCGCGGCCGCAGCUUGUCUGGAGCGUGCUUAUGCACAAGCGGACGUCUCGUUGAAACUCUUACCCAAACGCUACAUCAACCUGCACCAGUGGUUGUCGCCUGUGACAACCUCGGUCACGGCGGCUUCCGCUGCCGGAAAAGAUCUCAAAUUACAAAUUCUUCAACAUAAUGAUUCAAUUGGUUUGAAACGUGAAAUUUUAAUGCUGACAGCAGCCACCGUCGUCGGUCCCGGCGUCAUCACCUUGAGGUGCGUGAAUCAGCCGAGAGCAGACGCGCUCACCGGUGCGACCCAUCGCGGCGCACGGGGCGGUUCAAGAAUAGCGUACGAUCUAUUUAGGAAUCCUCUCCGUUUGUUUGCCAGCGAUAUGUGUCAUUGUUAA